AUGCCCUCGUCCUCGACGGCCGCGGUGCGUGGUUCUGAUCACAAGACCCCCGUAGAAAAGCCCACAACCCCGCCGUUGGCCCCGACCCGGGUCUCCGAACGCCCCGCAAUUCCCGUCCCGUCGGAUCUAGGGUACUCUAUCGGCCGAUUCGCCCAAUCGCCGAAUCCUUCCGACCGGUACAAUCGGCCCCCGCUUUUCGCCAGUGCGACGCCGCCGCUGUCGCCCGAGAGUGCGGAGGCGAUCGGUCGAGCGCGCAUGGAGGAAAUGUUGGCUGGAAUACUUCCGCCUUCGUCGAAUUGA